AUAACAAAAAUAUUUUAAUCUGUACGAUAACAAUUCAGAAGCCUCGGCAAUGUUUUCAGAACAAAUCGAUAAAAACAGAUAAGAACAACUGAAGGUGAACCACAGUUGUUCACUCCCAAGACAGUGCUACAUUUUCUAGAAGCAAUUUAUUGCCAUUUCAUACGAGAAAUGUGCUCUUACAAUAUGCUCGCAGCAACUGUGUUGCUUUUUUGGUGCGCGUUCGGCGGCGGCGUCCAGAUCUCACGGGCGGAGACCGUCACCUGCAAGACCAGCGGCUACCUGUGCGGCUCCGACUGCAAGAUGGUGUACCAGUGCCUGGGCGCGCCGCCCAACUACAACCUGGUGACCCUGGAGAAAUGCGACCAGACCAAGCACUACUACUGCAGCGCCAGCCUGGGCAAGUGCUCCAGCACCUUCGCCUCCACCUGCCCUCCGCCCGGCUACCAGUUCCGCUGCACCUCGGUGGGCAUCUUCCCCGACCCGUACGACUGCGCCGUGUUCCACAUGUGCCACUCGGGGGUCGUUGCCAGCUCAGUGACCGACAGCGAGGAGCGCUGCGAGAGCGGGUGGCUCUACAGCGUUGAGCACCACUCCUGCCGCAUCGAGGCAAACACCUGCCUGGAGGACCCCGUGCCGCGGUGCGCCGCCGCCAGGCAGACCGGCGCGAUCGCUAAGAACCCCUCCUACUACUACGAGUGCGAGGCCAGCGCCGACGGCCUCUACUUCUACCCGGUCGUCUACGAGUGCCCGCACGGAGGCGUCUACAGCGGCUCGGCCAAGAGCUGCGUUAGCAACUCCACGCUGACCGCCUUCUGAUUCCUCCACGGCAUUUUCAACCAAACAAUCAAACGCAACACUGUAGUUUUUUUUGUUAACGUGUUCACAAUAAUACUAGUCUCAGAGUCUUACCCGAGAAUUUGUGCUUUGUUGUUAUCAAACCGUUACCUGUUUAGCUUUCCAGUAUUAAACAAAAUUAAGUCCUA